UCUGCUUCAGACUGUUCCCUUCCACUGGCUCAUGGCUUUGGCCUAAUGGCGGCCAAUUCUGUUGGAGCUUUGGUGGGUACUUUUGGUAACUUCCUUGUUUGCAUCGCGGUUCUGUACACAAGCCCUAGACUACGCAGAUGUUCAAACUAUCUUCUUGUAAGCUUGGCGAUCGCUGAUUUGAUCGUGACCAUGGUGUGUGAGCCGUUAGUCGUGGGAAUUGUGGCCAAGAAAACGUUUUUCAACGACUGUGCAUCAAACCUGGAGCUCGCCUAUGUUGUGUCUUCUAACUUCUCGUGUUCAGCUUCUGUCAUGCAUCUAGCGGCAAUCAGCGUCGAUCGCUUUCUCGCUGUUAUUUUCCCUCUCCGUCAUGGUCGCAUAAUGAAGACCCAUGGCUUGAAGGUCAUGUUGAUAGUUGUUUGGGGUGUAGCAACAGUGUUUGCAUCUCUUCGUGUGCCUUUUCUGAAAGAAACAGCUUACAUGGUUGUUGCGAUGUUUAUCAUAAGCUAUUUCCUUGUCAUCGGAAGCUACUUGUCCAUCACGAUUUCGGUAUUUUUGCUCAGGAGGAGAAGGAAGCAGGCAUCAAGGCAAGGCAGAACAGUCAGAAUUUCCGUCAGUAGCAAAGCUGAGAGACGGUUUGCCUCCACUCUGGCUAUUGUAAUUGGUGUAUUCACAGCAUGUUGGUUUCCCAUGAUCGUUGUUUUCUUUGUUGCCGGGAAAUCUUUGGUGAAAAUGUACGGGACAGCGUACAUGUGGAUAAGAACUUUGGCCUUGUUGAAUUCAGCUAUGAACUUUCUUAUCUACAGCGCUAGAAUUCGUGACUUCAGAGACUCCUAUGCUCUUAUAUGCCGCAAGAUUCUUCGCUGUGGCUGAUGCGAUUUAGUUAUGUGUAUACUGAAUAUAAAAGGAGAUAAAUUACUUAAAGGAGAUAUUGUUUUAACGGAAACAAUUUAUCGAUAUUUAACCGAGGCGUCAGUACCUAAGACUUUGUUAAUAGUGACUAUUAGUACAUACCACAAAAAUGAAUGGUGAUUUUAACGCGCGGUGAUUUGCUAGGUCGCAGGUGCUUAGCCAUGUAAGUACUAUUCAUUUCCCAGCAGCGUCGAAGAGAAACAAAAAGCAUUUUAGUCUUGAACUGGACUUUUUUCGUUAACUACUGUGUGGGAUCUAAUUAUAAAAACAUUUUACCGAAGAUCCAGCUGAAGAACGUCGAAAAAAGUUUGAAGUCAUUCGUUUUGUUCACAUCGUUUGAUUGCUACACUAACCAUGUGACUCUAUGAGCAUUAUAUGCUUUUUGCGGCGUGCAAAAUUUUAAAAUUUCCUAGCACUGGACAAAAUAAAGUUAUAGACUAUUCACAGUCCCCUAUUUUUCCGUGAUUUCGUCGAGAUAUAACGCGUCUUACCAUUUAUGGCGGCCAUCUUGAUUUUCAAGUAGUAGUUUUUUACACUCCUGCAAGAUGGCAGUCGUAACAUAAAACGCUCGAUCUCGACGAUCUUAUGGAAAAAUAGGGGACAGACUAAUAAAGUUAUUUUUAGGUCAGCUUUUAAAUUAUUCAUCUUGUGUGGUGAAAGUUUGGGUCAAAUUGGUGGGUAUUUAAUAAUCCACUUAAACAUCCACAACUAUACACCACCGUGAAUAAUUGUUAACAAUACAUUAAUUCGUCAGCGAGUACCAAAUGACCUCUGAAAUUAAGUACUCAAGGGGAAAAUGUUUGCAAUCUACAGCUGUUAAAUUUCACCCUGAGCUGCGUCCUUCCUUCCUUCUCUCAUUAAUCCGCCUUACACGGUUUGUGACGGAACAAUCUGCAACAGGAGGCUUUUUGCUCCUCCCUACAGUAAUUACUUCUUAAGAACGGUGUUAAAUAGUUUUCGUAUGAUGAUGAAAUUGAAAACGGAUUAGCAUUGAACCGGAAGGAUUCAGGAGAGCAUCUUGGAAGAUGACGAUAUCAGUUCAAAGUUGUGGCAAGUCUAGUCAUGGUUCUUGCGCGGAAGACGGAGAGUGAAGAAAUCGGAGGACUGGAAUGAAAGGUGGGGGUUGUUGAGUUCACUUACCUCCUUUCAUCAUUUCAUCUAGCAUCGCGCGCGCAACCUACAGAUUAGUCAGUAAUAUCUGAUAGCCGAUAACUAACUAAUCUAAAGGUUGCGCUGAUUUCUAAAAUUAGCUGUAGGAUCUUAGCCAAUAAGAAGACAGAUAGUGAGUACAAGUGUAGUGGGCCGCUCAAGCCCUGGGGUCAAAGUAUCAAAACAUGCCUCAGGGGCGUGGCCAUCCCAUAGACUUGUAGGCCCGGGCCUACAAAUUUUUGCUUUGAUCAGUCUACCGCUUGUAAUAAAUUAUGCGUUGUUGGAGUGAGGUGAAAAGCUUAAGAGCUCGACGUGUUGGUAAGGUUAGUACGUACUAGUCAUGCGUGCAAUUUUCAGGAUAUUUGGAAAUGAAAGUCAGCCAGGCCUGCAACUAAUCGAAAAGCUGGCUACGCCCUUACUAUUUAACGGAAGGUCAUUGAAAUAAAUAUAAGAGUCCAAAAAUUGUGUUAGGCUUGCUGACAUGUUUUUUUUUUUUUUUAAGAAAGAUAACAUGCAAUAUGAAGUACGCAGAAGAACUGACAUAAAUACUACGAGAACGACAGUGUUUUUUUGCAAAGAAAGAUAAUGCCUUGGAGAUAUCGUUGAAUAGCUUGUUUGGUGUAUAGCCAUCUUUGGUUAAUCAUAAGAAAAACGGAGUUUAUUUUAAUGAUUAAAUAUUGGAAAAUUAAUAAAUGAAACUGUUCUUGCAUGUUCUUAGAUUGCAGAGAAGUCUUUCACGUUUCUAGGAGUCUUUUGGUGUAUUGAGUAUUGACUUUCAGAAGUUUAUUUAUUUUGUCGCCUUCAAGUUGAACUAUAUGUUGUAUGGAACUGCAACUAGGCAGUAAUCUCCCCAUUUUCUUCUAGAAAUCGUGAUCGUAUUGGCUUAUUAAUACCUAUUAUCUGGAAGAAAUUAUUGGGUUGCCUGUGUGACGGAUCAAGUACAGCCACUCUACCUAAUAGCUUUGGCGCCGCCAUGAAAAUCAUACCGGAUAGGGCUCCUGUUCACACACAAGCACGGUUGUGGCGGCGCGAUUUCUGUCACGGAGCGAAGACGCGCCGCGCCGAUCUCGAAAAUGGAGGGUCACAUUUACAUUUUGUACUAUACAAAAUCAGUAGUAGUUGUGCAGUAUGAACACCUAUUCAGUCCGUCCCAAAAGUAAAUAAGUAGGUGCGAGAACUGGGACUCACUAACCGGAAGAGGUUCCAAAGUUAUAAGUACACACUGAAGUUAUAAGUACACAUAAGUAGCUUAGGAAUGGUUCCGGGCAUGUCUAGCUUUCCCUCUAUUUAAGAACACAGUAAACGCAUUCAAGAGCUUCGUUAUUUCAUUUUCUUUCAAGAAUCAGGAUCGUAAAUUUGCUCUUUUGGAACUGUUAAGGCGACACUGAGAAACUGUCAAACGCUGAAUAGAGUUCAACUGGAGAAACCACAAACAUACUGGAAAAUUGCUAGUUGGCUUCCUUACACGGAAACAAUUGACCAUGAGAAACAAAUUGUUCGGAGACGUCACCAAUCUCUCUGCUUCAGACUGUUCCCUUCCACUUGCUCAUGGCAUUAGCCUAAUGGCGGUUAAUUCUGUCGGAGCUGUAGUUGGUACUUUUGGUAACUUCCUUGUUUGCACCGCGGUUCUUUACACAAGCCCUAGACUACGCAGAUGUUCAAACUAUCUUCUUGUUAGCUUGGCGAUCGCUGAUUUGAUCGUGACCAUGGUGUGUGAGCCGUUAAUCGUGGGAAUCGCGGCCAAGAAAACCUUUUUCAACGACUGUGCAUCAAACCUGACGCUCGCCUAUAUUGUAUCUUCUAACUUCUCGUGUGCAGCCUCUGUUUUGCACCUAGGGGCAAUCAGCGUUGAUCGCUUUCUCGCCGUUAUUUUCCCUCUCCGUCAUGGUCGCAUAAUGAAGAGCUAUGGCUUGAAGGUCAUGCUGAUAGUUGUUUGGGGUACAUCAACAGUGUUUGCAUCUCUUCGUGUGCCUUUCCUGAAAGAAACAAAUUAUGUGGUUGUCGUGACGUUUAUCAUAAACUAUUUCCUCAUCAUCGGAUGCUACUUGUCCAUCACGAUUUCGUUAUUUUUGCUCAGGAGGAAAAAGAGACACGUACAGCAAGGCAGAACAUUAACUUCCAUCAGGAGCAAAGUUGAGCGACGGUUUGCCUUCACGCUGGCUAUUGUAAUUGGUGUAUUCACAGCAUGUUGGUUUCCCUUCAUUGUUGUUGGCUAUGUUGCCGGGAAAUCUCUGGUGAAACUGUACGGAACCGCGUACAUGUGGACUACAACUUUAGCCUUGUUAAACUCAGCUAUGAACUUUCUUAUCUACAGCGCUAGAAUUCGUGACUUCAGACACUCCUAUGCUCUUAUAUGCCGCAAGAUUCUUCGCUGCAACUGAUACGAUUUUGUAGUUCAGUUGUACGUGUGUAUUUUAAAAAUUACAAAAACCUGAAGAUAUAUGAACGGAAAUUAAUUCAAAAGGAACAAAUUACGUCAAGUUAUCGACAUUUAACCGGAACAUAUAAGUCUAUACCAGUCGACAUAUCAGACUUUGUUAAUAGUGACUACUAUUAGUACGUACACUGCACAAGUGAGUGCUUUUAGAGAGCGCUGAUUUGGUAGGUUGCAGAUGAUAAGCCAUGCAAGCGUAUUUUUUGGAGGUAAACAAGAAAGCUUCUAAUAUAGCUUUUAGAUCAGAGCUUGGUCAUUUUGUUUUAAAUAUCAGUAUCACAAAAAAAUAAAAAAUCGCACCGCUUCCCUAGCGUUUUAAUUUUCUUGCUUUGCUCUCCAAUUCGUGCUGUUCGGUACUAUCCAAACAACUGCAGACUUCAGUAAAUGUAAAUGUGUAAAUGUGUAAAUGUGUAAAUGUAAAUGUAAAUGUUCAGUCGGCCUUGGAAGAUGGUUUCUAACCAAACAUUUUAUUCAUGAUGUGCCAUGUGCUCGAUUACUUUAAUUUUGUUAGUAGUAUUGUGGUAUGAAAUAGCUGGAGUACUGAUGCACUUCUCCGACAGACUCGAGAAACUGUAAAACAGGGCUGCUAGAAUAAUUUAUAAUUUUCUACAGAUCUCGCACCUUUGCCGGAAAGGAUACUGCACUUUACGAUUGCAUCGCGCCACGUGACUCCAUGCCCUGAGGAGUGACCUGAAUCAGUUUCGUACUUCGAAAAUUACCUUUUAUAGUAAUAUAUUAGACUGCUCACAAUCCGCCUUUUCUCUUAAAAUCCGUCUAGUUCUUAUCUCAUCCAGCGCGAUUGCAAACCACAAUGUUAUUAUUUAGGGAUUGAGACGAGACGAGAAAAGACGGACUGCUGACUCUUUUGUAGUAAACAAACCCUCCGUCAGCCCAGAAACGGAGUAACCGAUUGGUCAAUUGCACAGCUGUUGACAGAUCAUUGUCUGGUCUAUGGUGAGACUGCAAACAAUAAAAAUAAUCUCAGUAAUGGAUAUCUUACAGGAGGAAACUGCUGUAAAUUUCCUCAAUGGAAACGAAUUCAAGGCAAUCUUACCGGAUUUAAAGAAAGUGUUGAAAAGAAAGUUGUUUACGUUCUAUUCAUAAAUCGUUUCAAGUUACUCGGGUUUAAUUGAUUAAUUAAAUUACCUUGACAGCUUCGUUGUCCCCAGACAGAACAAAACUGAGUCAGCGGUCUCUUAUGUUUUUUUUCUCGGGCUUACGCGCUCGUUUCUCGCGGCAAGCGGCUUCGCCGCUCGCAUGCUUAGGUUUCGCGUGCAGUUACUUUGCAAAGAAAAAUAAGAGAGUGCUCACAGUGUAGCAAUAUAUUUUCUCUUGGCCGAUUUCUGACCUUUCGAAGAGGGGUAGCGUAUUUUUGGCUUUGUUUAGGUUGCUGCUGCGAACGUGGAGACGCAACACCAUGAUUCAAAUGUUGGUAAUAAGAACGGGCAUGUCUUUGUCUUACGCAGUCUUAUCGCCACGGUUGAUAAAGUUUCAUUCUUUCAUUUCCAUUGUAGAAUCAGGGGCGUAACAUCUACAUCUUUAAUCUAUAAAGGUUUCCCAUAGAUGAGGUCAGGUAGAGCUCACGGCAUUGACAAACAGGUUCCUUAUAAAUAAAUCAUAAAUAAAUGAAUUAAAGUAAAUAAACACUAUCAAAAAAACUCUUGUUGUAACAAAUUAAAUAAUUAAAUUACUUAUGGCUCGUUUUGAAGCCAUCAUAUGUUUCACAUUCAAUCACAGAAUCGCUUAAUCUAUUCCAAUCCCUAACUGUCCUAGCAAAAAAGCUAAACUUGUAGGUAUUUCCUGAUUAGGAUUAUACUGGCGGGUGAUUCUUCCCUUGGGCUUAAUUUGGUCUGGUAAUAUAAAUGGGUCAACGUAAAUUUACAUGCGUGUCUGCAUAGACAUUCUCAGGAACUACUGAAAGCGAAGUUGGAAACAGUCCUGCAUAUUUAGUCACCCUUGAGAUACAGGUUAUAUGUACUCAUGAUUAAAUCAUAAACACCAUCAAAUAUACUGUACUCGUGUUGUUACUUACAGCUCUUUUGAAGCCAUAAUAUGUUUCAGAUUCAAUCAGAGAUGAAUCACUAAAACUCUUCCAGUCCCUAAUUGUUCUAGCCAAAUAUAUUUGAGAGUAUUUCCUUAGGAAUUAUACUGGCGGGUGGUUUUUCUCUUUAUAGGCUUAAUAUGGUCACGUAAAUGGGUCAGCGUAAAUUUACAUACCUGUCUGAGUAGACAUUCUUAUGAACUACUGAAAACGAAACUUAGGUACUGCCCUGCAUAUUUUAGUCACCCUUGCGUAUUAACAAACAUUGUGGCCGUUAAUUCAAUUCUCGUUUGGAUUUUGGAUUUGUCGAAAACGCAACACCUUCUUUACCUUUAAACAACCGAACAUGAAAAACAAUUCGUUGGAAGACAUCACCAAUCUCUCUGCUUCAGACUGUUCCCUUCCACUGGCUCAUGGCAUUGGCCUAAUGGCGGCCAAUUCUGUCGGAGCUGUGGUGGGUACUUUUGGUAACUUCCUUGUUUGCAUCGCGGUUCUUCACACAAGCCCUAGACUACGUCGCAGAUGCUCUAACUAUCUUCUUGUUAGCUUAGCGAUCGCUGAUUUGAUCGUAACCAUAGUGUGUGAGCCGUUAGUCGUGGGAAUUGUGGCCAAGAAAACGUUUUUCAAUGACUGUGCACCAACCCUGGAGCUCGCCUAUGUUGUGUCCUCUAACUUCUCGUGUGCAGCUUCUGUUGCGCACCUAGCGGCAAUCAGCAUUGAUCGCUUUCUCGCCGUUAUUUUCCCUCUGCGUCACGGUCGCAUAAUGAAGAGCCCUGGCUUGAAGGUCAUGUUGAUAGCUGCUUGGGGUGCAUCAACAGUGUUCGCCUCACUUCGCGUACCUUUCUUGAAAGAAACAGCUUACAUGGUUGCCGUGAUGUUUAUCGGAAGCUACUGCCUUAUCAUAGGAUGCUACUUGUCCAUCACGAUUUCGGUAUUUUUGCUCGGAAGGAGAAAGAAGCGGGCAUCGACGCAAGGCAGAACAGUAAUUUCCGUCAGUAGCAAAGUUGAGAGACGGUUUGCCUUCACGCUGGCUAUUGUAAUUGGUGUAUUCACAGCAUGUUGGUUUCCCAUGAUCGUUGUUUUCUUUGCUGCCGGGAAAUCUCUGGUGAAAAUGUACGGAACAGCGUACAUGUGGAUAAGAACUUUGGCCUUGUUAAAUUCAGCUAUGAACUUUCUUAUCUACAGCGCUAGAAUUCGUGACUUCAAAGACGCCUUUGCCAUUAUAUGCCGCAAGAUUCUUCGCAUGGUUUGA